AUGGAGGGAUGGCAGCGGAGACGAGAGAAGGAAGAGAAUUUUCUCAGCUGUCGUUUCCAGGAGGCCAGGGCCCUGGUGGAGAGACCUGCGAGGACGCCCGCCAGAAUGGACCGUUUCUGGAACGGACCACAGACUCUAGAUCAGCGGGACAGGAAGAGAGCUGAAGAGACGGAUCAACACACACAGACCACUCCACCUCGCAGCCUGGGUGAUGCAAGUGCGCAUAGCUCCUUGAGUAGCACCCUCCCGUCUCCCCCCACCUCGCUUUCAGAGGUAUGGGGGGAGACAAUGGGCAGGGAGAAUGGCCAGCCUGUGGAAGGUUCAAACGAGGUCCUCCAGCUCCUGAAGAGCCACAAAGAGAAACUUGAGGAAGGGUUGAGAGAGCUGAGGAGGAAGAACGAAGAGCUGGAGAGGGAGAGGGAUGAGGGAGAGAAAGAGAGAGAGCGGAUGCGGCGCUGCAUUGAACAGCUACGGGCCAAACUGGCCCAGGCACAGGCAAGCAGUGUGACUGAGGAGGUUGUUCAACCACGCUCUGAGGCACAGCACUCCUCUGACUGGUAUCGGGAGUUGGAGGAGAAGCUUGAUUACCUGCAGAAGAGUUCAGCUCAGCGGGACAGAACUGAAGCUCUCCUCAAACAGAAGGACAAGGACUGUGCCCAGUUGGCUAAGGACUGCGAGGCUCUGAAAGCUCAAGCAACGUCCCUUUUAGGGGAACUGAAUGAGAGACAGAGCUGCCUGGACAGAAGCGAGAAUGAACGCAAAAUGUUGGAAGAAAAGCUGUGCAGUAAAAUGAAAGCCCUGCAGGUGGCAGAGCGGGAGCUGGAGCAGCAGAGGAAGCAGCAUCAUGUGGCCAUGGACCAGCUGCUGCUGCAGACUCAGAGCCUGGAGCAGGCCCUGAAGACAGAGAGACAUGUCGUCACAGAGGAGAAGAAAAAACUGACACAACUGCAACAUGCCUACACAUGUCUUUUUAGAGACUAUGAUACUAAGCUGAAGGCUGAGGGAGGAGAUCUGUGCAGCCGACUAGAGGAGGCAGAGCGAGCGCUGGCCCUGAAGCAGGACCUGAUCGAUAAACUGAAGGAGGAGGUGGAGCAACUGAAGGGCUCGCUGGAGACUGUUCCUGUCCUCACUGCACAGGCUGAGAUCUACAAGGGAGAUUUCCUAGCAGAGCGAGAGGCCAGAGAGAAGCUGAACCAGAAGAAGGAGGAGCUGCAGGAUCAGCUGACUCAGGCCAUGGCUGAGAUUGACAGGCUCAAACAGGAAGCCACAUCACGUGCACGUAUGGAGCAAAUGAAGCUGCGACACCUGGAGGACUUUCCAACACGGCCCCCACACAUUCCCCCUCCACAAGGUCUGUUCCCUGGUGCGGCUUUCAACACGGCGCCCCCUGCCCCCUCGUUCCGCAAUCAACCAGUCGGCGAUCAAGGGGCAGCUGGAGCUGAGGAACUGCCAGAUUUAUGUUGUCCUAAGUGCCAGUACCAGGCUCCAGAUAUGGACACGCUGCAGAUACAUGUCAUGGACUGUAUACAGUAACAUGAGGAUAGUUCAGCAAACCAUGACACCAACACACACAGAUAUAUACACAGUAUACUUACAUUUCUGACGAUCAGCGUAUCUGCUCUCAGCUCCGGGCACAGCCUGGAUGCUCUCUGCCAUGCGAACACGCACAUACACACCUUAAUACAUAUUGUGGAUCGCACUAUUUAAAAAAAAAUCUAAUAUGUUGGAAUUAAGACAAGUGGCAAUCAGAUGGCAGAAUGAAGACAGCAAAAUAAUCAGUAUGGUAUUUUCCUAAACUGCUCCGUGGAUUCAAAUUCUGCUCUAGCUUUUCCAUUCCGCAACUCAUCCUUUUUUCUUCUGACACCUGCCGUUUAUUUCCCGCCUUCCCCCACCCCUCGCCUUGCCUCUGAGAUGGCACACUGAUGCAUCAGUAUUCGUAGAAGAUCCCUGAUCCCUUGCGUAAGUGUCAGUUCUUGUCCCUCUUCACUUCAGUGGCAUACUGAGGAGUAAGUGUGUACACUACACUGACUGCCUCAUCCAUGUUAUACACAUCAGUAAUCCUUGGGCACAAGGUGAAAAAGGUGACAAUUAGGAGGUUCCCAUCAAAGGAGAAAACACAUGACAAUGUGAAUAACCUAGUGAGCUUUAAAUAAUCUAGAGUAUUUAAAUAGGUUUGGUCAUACAUGUUGCUGUCUGCAUUACCUCAAAACAUGUAUUAUUAUGUAUUAGAGAUGGAUUUACUCUUAUUGAAAAAAGUAGCCAUUCUCUGUGUUCUGUGCCUGUGUACACCUUUGACUGCACCACUGCUUUAUAUCUGAUGCUAGACCUGACCCUUAACCAAACAUAGCCCCUUUUUGUGCCCCUUUUUGUGCCCCUUAUUCUGUCUUAGCUUUAUCUGUGGCACCUAGCUAUUUAUCUAACUGAAGGUAAGCACACGGAGGGUUCUUCACUGUCUGUGUGAAUAUUGUCAGUAAUUUAGAUCAUUUGGUACAAAGAAUAUUGUUUCAAACUGUUAAAGAUUUACAAAAUAAAUCAGUUAUUCAUUAA